CCUUUGUUGCCCAAUUCGACUCUCAUCCCCAAUGGCUUCCGCGCUGCGAUUGAGCACGAGCGCCUUGCGCUCCACGCUCCCCUCCGCCGCGCCCUUGCGAUCUGCUGCCGUCUUCAAUGGCUUCCGCAGCUACUCAACGGGCAAGAGCCAGACACUAAAGGAGGCCUUCGCCGCGAAGCUCCCCGGUGAGAUCGAGAAGAUCAAGAAGCUCCGAAAAGAGCACGGCAACGAUGUCAUUGGCCAGGUCACUCUUGACCAGGUCUACGGCGGUGCUCGCGGGAUCAAGUCGCUCGUCUGGGAGGGCUCAGUCCUGGACUCUGAGGAGGGUAUCCGAUUCCGUGGAAAGACCAUUCCCGAAUGCCAGCAGGUCCUCCCCAAGGCCCCUGACGGCGCUGAGCCUCUCCCAGAAGGUCUCUUCUGGCUUCUUCUGACGGGAGAAGUCCCCACCGAGCAGCAGGUCCGCGACCUGUCCGCGGACUGGGCAGCCCGUUCGGACGUCCCCAAGUUCGUUGAGGAGCUGAUCGACCGCUGCCCCAAUGACCUCCACCCGAUGGCCCAGUUCUCGCUCGCCGUCACUGCUCUUGAGCACCAGUCGAACUUUGCUAAAGCGUACGCUAAGGGAAUGCACAAAUCCCAAUACUGGGAGCACACUUUCGAGGAUGCCAUGAACCUUAUCGCAAAGCUCCCGACUAUCGCCGCUAAGAUCUACCGCAACAUUUACAAGGAUGGCAGGGUCCCUGCUAUCGAGAAGGACAAGGACUACUCCUACAACUUGGCCAAUCAGCUCGGAUUCGCUGAGAACAAGGACUUCGUCGAGCUGAUGAGGUUGUACCUCACUAUUCACACCGACCACGAAGGCGGCAACGUCAGCGCACAUACUACCCAUCUGGUUGGCAGCGCUCUCAGCUCUCCUUACCUGUCAUUAGCUGCUGGUCUCAACGGUCUUGCUGGACCCCUUCACGGACUGGCUAACCAGGAGGUGCUCGUCUGGCUUCAGAGGAUGAAGAAGACCAUUGGCAACGACCUCAGCGACCAGGCCAUCAAGGACUACCUAUGGUCCACCCUCAAGGCCGGCCAGGUCGUUCCUGGAUAUGGCCAUGCCGUGCUCCGCAAGACCGAUCCUCGCUACGUCUCCCAGCGCGAAUUCGCGCAGAAGCACUUGCCCGACGACCCCAUGUUCAAGCUCGUCAGCCAGGUCUACAAGAUUGCUCCUGGUGUCCUCACGGAGCACGGCAAGACCAAGAACCCCUACCCCAACGUCGACGCUCACUCCGGUGUUCUCCUGCAAUACUAUGGCCUCACUGAGCAGGGCUACUACACUGUCCUCUUCGGUGUCUCCCGCGCUCUUGGUGUGCUUCCUCAGCUCAUCAUCGACCGUGCCGUCGGCGCUCCCAUCGAGAGGCCCAAGUCCUUCAGCACUGAGGCGUACGCUAAGCUGGUCGGUGCCACUUUGUAAGCUGAUUACGCGGAGACGGGUAGCUGUAAUAAAGCGAUUGGAGUGGUGGCUCAAGGAAAGAGUUCAUGUGUACCAUCUAGACUAGGGAAUGUAGGUAUAGGGAUCGGGCGCGUUUUGGUGUAGCAUGCAUCAAGCUUUCAUUUGGUCUGUCUUUGUUGUAGUAGUACCAUUUUAGUAGCGACUGGCGACCAAUAUCAUGCCUGAAAAGUUCUCAACUGUUGCUCGGACUGUUUGCGCUACCUGAGAGGACGAGAAUGAAUAGCGCUGUUCAUCCAGGCCACGGCAGGAAGAGACGGCCUGAAGGCCUUCAGUGCCUUUCACAAGGGCUCAAUGGAUACGGAAAGCCCUCCGGGGGAGUUCGAGCCCCCCUUUACAGAAUCAAA